AUGCCAGUGCAAUUUAUAUUGUGUCUAAACAAACAAGGGAUAGUGAGACUACUCAGAUGGUUCGAGAAGCUAGAUACUUCUCAGUACGCUACGCAUCAAGAAUACAUCCGUCAAGUGUUCAAAGUAAUAUCGCAACGAGACCAUAGACGUCAGAGCAAUUUCAUUGAAUUCUCGAAGCAUACGAAAUUAGUGUACAAGGGAUAUGCUGGAUUAUAUUUUGUCAUGGGAGUAGAUAAACAGGAUGAAGAAUUGAUAUAUUUGUCACAAAUACAUCUUUUUGUAGAAGUUUUGGAUUCCUUCUUUGGGAACGUAUGUGAAUUGGACAUUCUAUUCAACUUUUACAAGACGUAUUUGGUAAUGGAUGAAAUGUUCAUUGCAGGGGAGAUACAAACCACGUCGAAAAAAGAGUUAUUGGAACGAAUCGGUCAAUUAGAUAGGUUAAAUUAG